AUGGCGACAGAUACUAAGGACGCGAAGGACGUUAAAGACGUCAAAGACGAAACUCCUGCCGACACUCGGGAUGCGCUCGAAGUGCUGGAAUCUGAAGCCAAGGAGUGGGAGAAGGCAAGCCAGACAACAGCCACACCCAACUAUACCAACAUCUACAUCCCCAAUUCACCCGGCGUGACCGAAUCCGACAUCAAGAUUGCUUACCGCAAAAAGUCCCUGCUGAUCCAUCCCGACAAGACCAAAAACCCCUUGGCGCCUGAGGCCUUCGACCGACUGAAGAAGGCGCAAACGGAGCUAAUGGAGGAGAAGCACCGCAAGAACCUAGACGAAGCCAUCGCGGACGCGCGCAUGCUGCUGAUACGCGAGAACAAAUGGACGGUCGACAGCCCGGAGCUCAAGACGGCCGAGUUUGAAAAGAAGUGGCAGGAAAAGACCAAGUUCGUGCUGAUCGAGAACGAGCAGCGACGACGCAGACAGCUCAAGGCGCAGAUGCAGGAGGAAGGCCGCGAGCAGCGGAAAGCUGACGAGGAGGUUGAGCAGCGCAAGCGCAAGAGGCAGCACGAAGAGGACUGGGAGAAGACGAGAGACCAGCGCAUCGAUAGUUGGCGCGCGUUUCAAAAGGGCAAGUCUGGGGAUUCGGAUAAGAAAAAGAAAAAGAAGUUGAAGCCUAUUGGCUGAACAAGAAGA